AUUAACAUCACUUCCAAAUGACAUUGUGAGAUGUAGCAGGUUAACUCAUUUGGUCGCCUCCAAUAAUCAACUUGAAUCAAUACCUUCCAAAAUUGGGCAACUUAAUCGAUUGAUUACUCUUAAUCUUCGCGAAAAUCUAAUUAAUAAUCUUCCUACUGAUUUAGGCAGGCUUGUAAAUUUAACAGAUUUGGAUUUAUCUUACAAUGAAUUGGUCGUUUUACCUGAAGACAUAGGAAAUCUUAAGAAACUUACUGAGAUUAAGCUCAAUAAUAACCCGUCAUUAUUGGCAAUACCAGAAACAUUCCGAAGAUUGUCACAAAUCAAAAAGAUUCAUUUGCAACAUUGUAAUCUUAGUUCAAUUCCUUUCGAGAUAGGUGAUGCAUAUAGUCAACUUGAAUAUGUUAACUUAUCUUUUAAUUUAUUUGACGCGGUCCCUAAUUUACACGGAAUGUAUGGAACAACUGUCUUAAACAUAUCAAAUAAUCGAAUCAAUGACUUGACCGAACAGAUAGGUCAAUUGGAAUCACUGUGUGAGUUAUAUGUGGUGAAUAAUAAACUUACACAUAUAUCAAAAUCAAUUGGUCGACUAAAGAAUUUAGAAAUAUUGGAUGUAUCAGAAAAUUUACUUGUUGAAUUGCCGUUAUCAAUUGGUGAUUGUCAAAGCUUACGAGAACUUAAAUUACGAGGCAAUUCAUUAGAAACUUUACCAAUGACAUUGGGACGAUUAAAAAAUUUAAAUGUAUUCUAUAUUGGUCAAUGGCCGAUGACCGAGUUCAAUAUAACACAAGAUGAGAAUCAUUAUGAGAAUUUAAAAAUGAAUCCAUAUCAACUUAAAAUUCCACUGUCUGUUGAACGAACAUUGUUAUGGAGAAUGCACGAUUCGAUACUAAAAAGAUUAAAAGAUAUAGAUCAUAUUGAUGGAACUUCAGAGAGAUCUUUAAGAAGUCCAUCAGGUGAAAGUAAUCAUUCUCAAGACGGAGGAAGUCAUGACCAAUCAACAAAUAAUACCA